GCAAGAGAGGGGGGCGGGCUCAGGAGGAGCACACAUGAGUUGUCAAACAGGUUUGUCUUGGGCUGCUUGCUACUCAUUUCAAACACUUUCGCACACGUUCUCCUCAGCAGGAGAGCUCAGUGUGUUCGCUGGGCUGACGAGAAAACCAAAGAGAAGCUCGGUAGAUCAACAGAGGCUGUCAAGGAAGUCCAAAUGUCAGGGAAGUAGAGCUCAUCUGAGAUGCUGAGUUUACAUCUCAAUUUCUGCAGAAUCGAGAGAUUUAUUUCGGGUUUGCCGGAGAAAAAGCUGUGAACAGAGAGUACGCAAGGACAGGUACGACUACUAUUUUUACAAAAUGCCUUUGGAGACUCUCCAACACCCAAUGAGACAACCGGCGAGGACUGCUGUAGCUGCUAUGCCCCCACGCUUGCGGCCCAAGGGGCCAGUGGGGCCAGACUUCUACCUGCAGUUCAAGACAGCAGCAGGCAGACCGAAGCAGAGUGCGGUGGAGAGGCUGGAAGCAGACAAGGCUAAAUAUGUCAAGAGUCAGGUGGCUCUUUCUAAACAGCAGCCGGUCAGGCCUCGUGAGGUGCGUACGCCUCUGCUGAACCCCGGCAACGCUCCUCGGCCCACCAGGAAGACACCCACCCAGACGAAAAGAAAGCCGGAGGAAGUCCAGUUCAACUUGGAGCAUCUGAGUAACCUGAUCAGCGGUGUAGGUGAUGGAGCCACGGCCAAGUCAGAGGACAGUAAAGCUCCGGAUGCUGCUGCCACGUCACACAGCUCCCCUUGCCCAACACCUGAGGGGGCACAACAGAAAAAGGAAAGGCCGUGUCCACCCCCUCGUCCGGACUGGGCCAGUCCAGCUAAGGUGAGGUUAAAAGCCUCUGGACCUGCCAGGGUGGAGAGUCCUGGUUCUCCGGGGUCUCCAACUGCGGGGACCGUACGAAGAGUGGACGUCAUGCCUCAGGCGACCCCCGCGAGGACGCCCUGCAGACCACCUCAGUACAUCCGGCAGCCCCUUCAGCCGAUACCUCUACACUCCCAGUUUCUGCUCCGCCCGGCUACUUCACACCUGCGUCUCUUCCACACCAGAACAACACCCCGUUCUUCACCUCUGAAACCUGUUGUUGCUCCAUCUAAACCUGACAAUCCUCCAUCCUCUUCAGCCGAAACCCUCGUCCCUGCUCCACCUGCCCCCAGCCUCCCUGUUUUCCCUCCUCCCUCCCCAGCGAUCACACGUUUGUCUUCGUCCAGCUCCAGGAAACGGCCCUCUCUGACCCGGUCCAAAUCGGACAUGAGUGACCGGUGCUCCCGAGCCGGGACAGAGCUGGAGCGCUUCUUCAACCUGUGUGGUUUGGACCCUGCAGACCUCAAGUUGACCGGUUCUACUUCUGACAUUGUGUCCAUGGCCCGGUUCCGCAGCGUGAGCGCUCCAGGGUCCGAGUGUGCAGGCUCUGGUAAAGGAGAUGAAGAGCAGGAGGAUGAGGAGGCUUCCAACGCUGCAGAGCGUGUUCCCUAUGGUGUUUCUGUCAUUGAGAGGAAUGCGAGAGUAAUCAAAUGGCUGUAUGGACUCCGUCAGGCCAAAGACAAUGCAAGUCAGAGCACAAAUUUAUAAGAUGGCGUCAAAUGUCUGUAAGAUUUGUCAAAAUUGUGAUUAAAAAGAAGUGAUGGGAUCCUGUGAUUAAAAUAAUGUGAUGGAUGCCCAGUUAAAUUUCCUUUGGUUCC